CUAACAUUUACCGACUGAAAGCGAUGAUUUUAAAUUAGAAGCGCCAUCUGUCCAUCUUCCCCUUAUUAAACUCACUCAUAAAAACUACAGAGCACAAGCAUCAAUGGCCUCCCCAGAGAGUCCGCAGUUAAGCUCUAGAUCCAUGGAGCCGACAUCGAGCCCGCGGAUCUCUUUCUCCGUCGACUUCGUCGACGACAAUGAUUUCAUCUCCAUAAGCCCGCGCUCUGAGUCGCCAAACAAGUUUGACACAAAACGGGAAAAGGGGCCGGUGCGCAAUGUAGAUUUCGAGUUUCUUUCUAGCAAUUCCACCGGUGAUAGGAUGUUAACGGCCGACGAGCUCUUCUUUGAAGGCAGGCUCCUUCCCUUCUGGGAAAUGCAGCAUUCGGAGAAACUAAACAAGAUCUCUCUCAAAACAAAGGAUGCAGAGAAAGAGGAGAAGGGGAAGGAGGUAAGCAAGGAAGAGAGUGGGGUCAGCUGGUUUGUUGAUGAUGACCCAUCUCCUCGGCCCCCCAAGUGCACUGUUCUGUGGAAGGAACUUCUGAGGUUGAAGAAGCAACGGGCAACCACAUUGUCGCCGUCUGCAUCGUCGUCGUCGUCAGCAUCAUCAGCGUCGUCAGAUGUGUGUGCCAUGGAUGAAGGGAAUAAGGAUCCAAUGGAAGACAGAGGAGUAGGGAGCAGAGAGAAGCAUAGUAAGAGGAUGAAGAAAGGGUUGGARAGGACAAGGUCAGCUAGUGUUAGAAUAAGGCCUGUUGUCCAUGUACCCAUUUGCACUCAAUCAAAGAUAAGUUCCUUGCCACCUUUGUUUUCUCUUAAGAAACCAAAUCUAGAGAGAUAAGAGGACGCUCUGUGACUGUGAAAAAAUGAAGACAAGAGAGAGACUCUAGUUGGUUCCUUUUAGUAGGAUUGUUCAAUGUUUAUGACCCUGAUUUUUCUUUCUUUUUUGUUUUUCUUUCAUAGUUGAAUUUUCGUUUUUUCAAGUCAAGUUAGUUGAAUUUUCAUUGGUGGUGGAUUUGUUGCUGCCUUGCAUUCGAUGAUGCAAUGUAAUUUCUCCCUGUUUUUUAUUUUUUAUUUUAUUCAAUCAGUUCAAGUAUUCAAUAGUUUUCAUC